AUACUCUUCUCUCAUUAUCUUCCCAGUCGAAACCAUGAGCUAUAAUCGUUACUGUACUAACAAGUACAGUCAAUUAUACAUCGCGCCAUCACCAUCGCCAUCGCCGUCGCCGUCGCCAUCGCCGUCGCCAUCGCCGUCGCCGUCGCCAUCGCCGUCGCCAUCGCCGUCGCUAUCACCAUCGCCAUCUCCAUCGCCGUCGCCAUCGCCAUCACCAGUUCCAGUUGAAACCACGAGCAGAGAUUUCUCCAGGGCAAAAAUAGGGGUCUUCUGGGACGUGGAGGAUUGUCCAACGCCUGAUGGUCACGAUCCUGUUUCGGUUUAUGAGACUGUCGAAUCAACUCUUGCUAAUGAGGGCUAUCGUGAUAACACCAUGGAAAUACGGGUUUAUGGUGGGAACAAGAGUGAGAUUACGGAAACAUUGCGGCGUGAAUAUCUGUAUGCCGGAGUCUACUACCCACCCGAAGUUUCAGGGGGACCAUGUGCGAGAGUUAAUCAAAUGUUAAUCGACAUUCUUAUCUGGACAGUAGACCAUCCUGAACCUUCAAAUUUGAUGGUAAUCGCAAAAACCAUCUUAGAAGACACCAAGUUUCGCAGAGUUCUUCAAGUUUUGAAAUCGAGAGAUCACAAUGUUCUCUUCGUACAGCCUGAUGCACUCUCAUUAGAAUUGCUACGUCCUUUUGUACGCUCGGUAUGGCUUUGGAAAAGCCUAUUUGGUGGAGGAAAACCUAUCGACCUAAUCAGAAGCUCACAAUGUGUUGACAAUACUUCCACUUGUUGUACCGACCAAAGUGGAAGCUCAGAAGAUGUUGCCAGCAGUAAGCUUGAGCGGAAGAAACGUCGGAAGAUCAGAGCUGAUACUGAUGCUGAGAAUAUAAAAUCAGCUCUUGCGAAUAAAGGCUAUCGUGGUAAUGUGGAAAUCUGGGUUUAUGGUGAGAAGAAUAAGAUCUGGGAUGAGUUUCUAUUCGUCGGAAUCCCCGUUAUACCCGAAGGAGAUAAAUGUGCGAGAGUUUAUAGGAUGAUGAGCGACGUUCUUCUCUGGGCUCUAGACAAUCCUUCAGAUUAUCCUGUACUACUGCCAAAUGUGAUGGUUAUCUCCAAAAACAUCUCACAAGACGAGGGUUUCCUCAGGGUUCUUCGAAUUUUGCAAUGUAGAGGUUACAACAUUCUCUUAGCAGAUUCUGAUUAUGAUGUCGCAUCAGAAAAUCAGCUUCACUUUGUUAGCUCUUUAUGGCUUUGGAAAAGCCUAGUAGAUGGAGGAAAACCUAUCGACCAAACCCAGUAGCGCAAGUACCUACAUUAAUCUUUAUUUAAAUGGAUGAUCCCUUGUUUUUCAGAGUCUUUGGGUUGUGUAUAAUAAAAACAUUGACAUUUCAUCUUCUUGUUCUGAUAAACUCUGUACUGGGUUCAAAUGCUCUGCUCCUUGUAAUGCAUUCUUCAAGAAAAUGCUGCUCAAUUU